AUAAAAAUAAAUUAAUAAUAAGUAUUGCAAAUCGGUGUGUCAUCAAUUGUUAUCAGUUGUUAUCACCGGCAUAUCAGUGACACGAAAGAUACAGUGCACAGCGGACGUUAGUCAUGGCACAGGUUAUGUACGUUGACCCGUCAUUUGGGGAGGAUGCUCCAACUAAUCAAUUUGACUUUACAGAACAAAGUAUACGAAAAGCAUUUAUACGCAAGGUAUACGCCAUCCUGAUGUGCCAGCUUUUAGUUACUUUGGGAUUCAUUGCAUUAUUCGUGUUCCACGAGCCAACAAAACGAUACGUCAGAGAAAAUACUUAUCUCUUUUGGGUAGCACUAGCAGUGCUAUUCGUUUGUAUGAUAGCCAUGGCUUGCUGUGAAAAUGUCCGACGAACAGCACCCAUGAACUUUAUCUUCCUCUUCACAUUUACGGUUGCUCAGAGUUUUCUUCUCGGCGUAGCUUCCAGCACAUUCGAUGCCACAGAGGUAUUCAUGGCUGUAGGAAUUACGGCUGCGGUAUGUUUGGGUCUGACAUUAUUUGCAUUUCAAACGAAAUGGGACUUUACCUUAAUAGGAGGAGGCCUUGUGGCUGCUACUAUGGUCUUGUUAAUGUUUGGUCUCAUAACAAUAUUUAUUCCAACCAACAAUAUUGUACGAUUGGUGUACGCGUCUUUGGGAGUACUUAUAUUCUCAAUGUACCUUGUCUACGAUACCCAACUGAUGAUGGGCGGGAAACACAAAUACAGCAUUUCGCCAGAGGAAUAUAUUUUCGCAGCAUUAAAUUUAUACCUUGAUAUUAUCCAAAUAUUCCUCUUCAUAUUAACUAUUAUGAGGAAUUCGUAGGAAUAAAUUACGUCUAGUCAUAUAUCAGUAUCUCAAGUCCGAGAGUAUUAUUUGCUCACUAGUUUUGUAUCAAAAUAAUUGAAUUUGUUUAAAGUCAGUCAAAAUUUGGUUGGUGAGAAUUCUUAUUAAGUAUCUUUGUACACGUACAGUA